UUUUAUUUUUUCGAAACGCGUUAUGCGAGUCGGUCGCAAGUUUUAUUAUCAUAAUCACACGGCCGGACGCGAAACCGAAAUUUAGUCGUGGUCCCUGCCCUCACGCAGCAAGCCGAAACCUCUUCUCUCCUCAGACAUCCACCACCAUCCAACAACAACAGCAGCAGCAGCCGCCUCCAACAACAAAAACAACAGAAGACGCGCACCGAGAUCAAUAGAAAUUUCAAAAAUCCGAAUCAAAGAUUGCCCAAAACUUCAGAUUCGUAGCAUGCGCACACGUUUAUUUUGAUUGAAGAACGAGUUAACGAGCAGUGAAAUGACGAAAAUCGAUUUUAUACCGACGAGGGCCGUGCUGGGUGUGAUGAUAUUCACCGCAUGCUUGGUUGCAUACAUGCUCAGAGUCAACAUGUCGAUAAACUUGAUAGCGAUGGUGGAGCCGGCGGGUUCCGCGAAUCACGCCGGAGCUUCCGAAUGUUCGGCGACCGGCGUUUCCAAACCCGGUGAUAACGAAACGAUGGAGAUUCACGAGAAAUUAACCGCUGCCCCUGACUUUGGCGUUCGGUACGAGUGGAAUUCAAAGAUCCAGGGUUUGAUCUUGGGCUCGUACUUUUGGGGCUACAUAAUUUCAUCGAUGCCGGGCGGUUUUCUGGCCGAGCAAUUCGGCCCAUUGAAAACCGUCGGCGUUUCGACGCUCGUUUCUUCUGUACUUACCAUCCUGACACCUCUAGCCGCUUCCUGGCAUUACAGCGUCGUCAUAGCUAACAGGAUACUCUUGGGUCUUUUGGGCGGCGUUAUAUACCCGGCUCUGCACAGUUUGAUCUCGCGCUGGGCGCCGCCCGAGGAGAAGGGCAAAUUCGUGGGCGCUUUGCUCGGCGGAACUCUAGGAACGGUACUGACUUGGCCCAUGCUGGGUUCGAUCGUCGAGAGUUUAGGAUGGACGUGGGCGUUUUACAUACCCGGCGGAUUGGCGUUGCUCUGGUGUCUGCUUUGGUUCUUCUUGGUCUCCGAUUCACCGGAUCUGCAUCCAAGGAUCAGCGAUGAGGAGAAGUUCUACAUCGCCAAGAGUUUGGGUGACAGCGUCGCCAAGAGGAAAUCGAUCGCGCCGUACAAAAGCAUGGCGCUGUCCGUUCCCUUCUGGUCGUUGGCCGUCCUGCAUUUCGGCAAUCUCUGGGGAUUGUAUCUGCUCUUGACGGCCGGUCCCAAAUUCAUGUCCGAGAUCCUUGGAUUCGAUCUGGGACACUCGGGUCUCCUCGCGGCGCUUCCCUACUUGGCUCGCAUGAUCUUCGGAUUCAUCUUCGGACUGAUCGGGGAUCAGCUCAGGAAAUCCAAUAAGUUAUCCGUCACCUGCAUAAGGAAAUCGUUCGUUUUGUUCUCUCACAUCGUUCCCGGCAUCUUCCUGCUGGCCGAGACUGCGAUCGGCUGCGACGCCAUCCUCUCCGUCACCUUCAUCACUUUGGCGCUCGGCUUCAACGGCGCCUCCACCAUCACCAACCUGCAGAAUUCGCAGGAUCUGGCGCCGAAUUUCGCUGGAACCAUUUACGGCAUCGCCAACUGCAUCGGCGGCACGACCGGCUUCAUCACUCCCAUGCUCACCGGCUACUUGACCGAAGAGAAAAACGGCCUGUACGAGUGGCACCUGAUAUUCUGGGUGGGAGCAGCGGUCUACAUCUGCUGCGGUCUGGUGUUCUGUCUCUUCGGAAGCGGCGAGGUGCAACAGUGGAACGCAGUGGUCGAGCCGCAGGAUCCGGAGAGCGAAGAAAAAUCCACUGCGACGAAGGCGACCGGCAUCGUCAACGACGCUUACAUUCCGCAUCCCGAGGCCGACUCUGAAAACACCAAGGUCUAAACGAUGAUUCUAAACUGCUCAAAACAAAA